AUGGAUAAGCGCGAACUUUUCGUUCCAAGCGACAUGCGAAGAAACUGGGGGAAGCUUCAUCCUCCGGUGUCGCGAGCAAGAAGCAACAGGAUCGAGGGGCGCCGGUGCAAGGGGGAACCUUCCAAAACUGAACAGGGGAGGAAACAGCCACUGUGGCCUGUGCAGCAAUGUGAUAAAAGACAAAAUGAAAAACUCUGCGGUCAUCAUUUCAGCAGUGAUUUGGACAGCCCUGUUCUUAAAUGCCUCGGGGCCCCAGAGAAACCAGUCAUCCUGAUCACCAUCCAGAAGACCAUCCAGGAGAACAUCCAGGACACCAUCCAGGAUACCAUCCAGGACACCAUCCAGGAGACCAUCCAGGACACCAUCCAGGAGACCAUCCAGGUGACCAUCCGGGACUUCAUACAAGGAGUCAUAUCGGAAACGAUCCAGGCGUCUCUCAAGGAGCAGGAAAAUGAUGGGGAUGCAAAACCAGCAAGAAUCCCUUUCCAUCUCUGGCAAGCAGCAGCAGCAGCAGCAGCAGCAAAGCGGAAACUCAUUACUGCUAUUCAUCCCCCAGCUCUUGCACAUGCUAAUGGAUUCCAGCUAUAA